CACAGGCAAGCUCAGUUUGCGUCUGCCAGCGGUGGCCUCAGUCGGUGCAGGUCUCUCAGGAACAGGACACCAGCUAUGAUGCAGCGGGCUUUGUUCAACCGGAGCGCGCUGCUCGCCCAGCAGGCUGCAGCGGCCCUCGACAGUCCGCUGGCCGCAAGGUGCGCGCCAGUCCUGCAGCGCCUGGACCGCUCCAUGUCCUCAGUCACCAUCCCGCCGCCGGCAUGCCUUCUCCGACCUCUAGAAGUACCUCUCCGUUACCUGUUCGGUCCGGGACCCUCAAACAUUCCUCCGCGUAUUUUGGCUGCAGGGUCCAGGCCGAUAAUUGGUCACCUCCACCCAGAAAUGUAUGAGAUUAUGAAUGACAUCAAGAAAGGGAUCCAGUACGCCUUUCAGACACAGAACAACAUGACGAUAUCAAUGAGCGGCUCCGGGCACGCUGCUAUGGAGUGCGCAGUGUUCAACACGGUGGAGCCCGGAGAGAGCGUGCUCAUAGCCAUUAACGGCAUCUGGGGAGAGCGCGUCGCAGAAAUUGCAGAGAGAAUGGGUGCCAAUGUACAUAGAUUGGUAAAAGACCCUGGUGGAUAUUUCUCCAAUAAGGAAAUUGAACAGGCCGUACAAAAACACAAACCCGUCUUGUUUUUCCUCACACACGGAGAGUCCUCUGCUGGCCUCUGUCACCCAGUAGAUGGCAUUGGAGACAUCUGCAGGAAGCACAACUGUCUUUUCCUGGUCGACACAGUGGCUUCGCUUGGAGCAGCACCAAUUUUUAUGGACAAGCAAAAAAUUGACAUCCUGUACACUGGUUCUCAGAAGGCUCUGAAUGCACCUCCUGGCACAGCCCCCAUCUCUUUUAACGACAGAGCAUGCCACAAGAUGUUUAACAGGAAAACAAAACCCGUAUCCUACCUCUUUGAUAUGACACAUCUGUCCAACUACUGGGGUUGUGAUGGCGAAGCAGUCAGAGCAUACCACCACACUGGUCCCGUUUCUGGAUUCCUCGCCCUGAGAGAGAGUCUGGCAAUUCUUACUGAGAGGGGGCUGGAGGAGUCCUGGAGGAAACACAAGGAGGUGGCAGCCUACCUGUACAGAGGACUCGAAGACUUGGACCUCAAGCUCUUUGUCCCUGAAAAGGAUUUGAGGCUUCCCUCUGUUACCACCAUUGCCAUCCCCGAAGGCUACAAUUGGAGGGAGAUGCUGGUCUACAUCAUGAAACACCACCAGAUGGAGAUGACGGGAGGAUUAGGCCCCUCCAUCGGCAAGGUGAUGAGGAUCGGAUUGAUGGGAUACAACUGCGAGAAGGCUAACGCUGACUUGGCACUGCACGCCUUGGCAGAUGCUCUCAAGAACUGCAAAAAGAGCAAGGUUUAGGAGCCCACAUUCCCAGACCACUGACCUUGUGCUCGUACAUUGGGGAAUAAGAAACGAACAUUGCGUUCUCCCACACGCGGGACAGCUGGACCAGUGCAUACAUUUCAGGGAUUCUUCUGUGCUUUUGACUGCAGGGAUUUCAGAAAACGCAGGCCCUGUGCUUUUCUUCUUUAAGUAAAGGCUUAUUUUGAAAUAAAGAAGCAGAUGUGGUCAUUUGGCAUUAAAGACGUCAAUAAAGUGUGCUUUAUUUAAUCAAA